AUGCCAGCGAUUCUGCGGGGCGGCGGACCCAAACGCCGACGGGGUGGCGGAAGCAGCCUGUCCGACUUUGGCCGGUUCGCCUUGGCCGGCGUGGGCGUCGUGUUGGUCGGCCAACCGCUGGACACGGUCAAGACUGCAGACGUUCGCGGCCUCGUACAGGCCUACGUUCAAUGCCUGGUGCACACGUACCGGAAGUCCGCGGGCCGUGUACGCACGUCCUCGGCCGCCAUGGCCGGAGUGGCCGAGAACUCUGCGCAGCCGAGCUACGGUGCCAGCGCGGGGCCGCGCAUAGCCUGGAGCCAGCAUGGACGCGUUAUGCCGGACGAUGGCCGGCCCGGAUGCGCGGCUUCCUUGUUCUCGUCCGUGGUCUUGUGCCCUGCCGAGCUGGUCAAGAUCAAGCUGCAGGCGGGUCGCGAACUGGCCGAAUCCCGCGGCCAGAGGUUCCAAGGUUCCGUGUACCGCGUCACCAAAGACAUCAUGAGACACCGUGGUCUUGGAGGUCUGUUUCGUGGAUUAGAGAUGACCGUGGCCCGGGAAAUGCCCAGCUACUUCUGCUUUUUUGGCGUGUACGAAGCAGUACGGGAGGCUCUUAAACCGGCCGGCCGAACCCGCGCCGAUUGCGGCCUGCUAGCCACCACAGCGGCUGGGGCCGCGGGUGGCGUGCUUUUGUGGACAGUGACAUUUCCGGUAGACGUGGUCAAGUCUCGGAUACAGCUGGACGACGCAAUGCCCACACGCGGCUGGACCGUGUGCAUGUUGCACAUGUACCGGAACGAGGGCGUGGUCGCACUGUAUAGCGGCCUAGCGCCAACGCUCAUCCGGUGUGUUCCGUCGUCCGCUGUGCUGUUCCUCGUCUAUGAGUACACCAAAAAAUUGUUCGACCCCUAGGCCCGGAUUGGUGGGGGGUGACGUCCAAGAACGUCCCGUGAUGCCCCGCAGAACGCACCUCUAAUUGGCGAUGGGUUCUCGGACCAAUCGAACUCUCGGACAACCCGAACCUAGAGAACCUUCGAACAAUUACUGUUCAAAGUUUGUUUAGAAUGAAUAUUUGAAAUCAAACACAAUAAUCGUUUCGAACACUUCGCGAAAAGUCAAGUUUGAUAUUGAUACUAUAAUACUAUAAAUAUCAUAAUAUUUUAUUUUUAUAUACCUGCGUUAAAUUGUGUACCAACAACGUUAAUACUUAAUAUUAAAAGUUUUUAAUAGUUAAAAUAGAGUAUAUAAUUCAUUUAAAAUUGAAAUGUAUUUAUGAAUUAAAUUUAAAGUUUGAAAAUCUUAAACGUUAAAAAAGUUCGAGAGAAGUUUGAGUAAGAGAUGAUUCGAUUUUGAAUUGCAGUUCAAGAAAAAAACUAAGUUCAAUUUCGAGUUUACUGAGUUAAUGAAAAUAUAAAUUAAGCUCAUCUCUAUCUAUAAUACCUAACACUAAUUAUUAUUAUACUUGAAGUGUUCUCUGAAAAUCGAAGUGCAGUGACACUUCAAACAGCGAAAUUCACUAAUGGAUGAGGUGACAAUAUUAAUAUUACUAUAAUAAAGACAAUAGCCAAUACGUGAUACUUGUUUUUUAGUGCCGAUUUUAUCUUCUAAAAAAAAACAUCAAAAAAUUAUGACAUGCUUUGAAAUUUAAUAAAAAUUUCCUAUUGUUUAGAAAUGUAAGUACUAUACUGUUAUAUACCUAUGAUUCUGACGGCGUUUUUUAAUAUCCCAAAAAGAAACUUUGAGAUAAAUAAAACAAUUGACCCUAAUAUUAACUAAAUCUAGAUAAUAAAUAGUUUUAAAAAAUAUUUUUCAAUAAGUCCAGACAAAUUAUAAUUUUUCUAAAUAACUCUAACUAUGGUUAUAUCAGUAUAUCACAUUAUAUGUGCUUAUAAAAUAUGUUUUAUCAGUGGAUAAAAUAUUCAAAAAUUAAUUAAGUACCUAGAUAACAAAUAACUAUGUUGCUUACUUGUACAUAAUAAAAUGAAAAAUGUGAUAAAUACCGCAAGCAUUAUACUAUUAUCUAAUCACUUCCACUUACUUUGACCACUAAAAAAUUGUUCGUACAUUUAUACCUAUGUGUAAUAUUUUUUUUUUUUUUUGUGAUUAAUACUUAACGUUAAUGCAUUUAUAUUUAAUUUCUA